AUGAUGUGUGUGUGUGUGUCGGGGAUUGUGUCCUGUGUUCUCAGUGUGUCUCCAGUCUCUCACCAGUCAACAUGUCGGACCCGUGCUCUUUCUCCUCGUUUCCCACUUUCCUCAACCGGGCACCUGAACCUCGCGCUGCACGUGGAUUUCUCCCGCCAUGUGAUCAGAGGGGUCCUCGCGCUCACCGUGGAGGCUCUGCAGGACCGGCUGCACACUCUGGACUGCAGGGACCUGCAGGUGUUCUCGGUGAAAGCCAACGGGCAGGCGGCGCGCUUUACAACGGGCCCUAAACACACCUUUAAAGGAGCCCCCCUGGAGAUCACCUUGCCCUUCGACCUCUCCAGAGGGCAGCAUGUGAUCGUGGAGGUGACCUAUGAGACGUCGCCGACGGCAACUGCGCUGCAGUGGCUCUCACCUGAGCAGACGGCCGGGAAGGAAAAACCCUACCUGUUCAGCCAGUGUCAGGCUCAUCACUGCAGGAGCAUGAUUCCCUGCCAGGACACUCCGUCUGUCAAACACACCUACAACGCUCAGGUGUCUGUCCCUAAGGACCUGGUUGCAGUGAUGAGUGCGGUGAGAGACGGACAGGAAGUGGACCCUCAGGAUAACGAGCGAAUCAUCUACAAGUUCAGGCAGCCGGUGCCCAUGCCCUCCUACCUGAUCGCCAUUGUGGUCGGAGCCCUGGAGAGCAGGGAGAUCGGCCCGCGCUCCAGAGUCUGGUCUGAGAAAGAGUUCGUGGAUAAAGCGGCGUUCGAUGAACUGUGGUGA